UCAGCGAGCCGAGCAAACCCUCCCAGAUUCCCGGAGCGGACCUGGCGAUGGCGGGCUCGCCGCGGGCGAGGCUGGACAGCGGUCUGGAGAACUCCUCGAGAGGAUGUUUCUGGUGGUCUAGGGCCAGGAAUUGUAUCUCCAGGCUCCGCAAUGACUCCCUUCCAAGCCCGGUGGUGCCCACUUGCCUCCGGGUCUCAGACAAGAAAAGCUUACAGAGGACAUGGUAACUCCCCGGUUGCUCCCUGAGGUGUCGAGCGUCCAAUUGCAGCCCAUGGAGAUACAGUCCAAUUAUGAAGCUCAAGACCAACACCUUCUGUCAGAUGGUGAGAUUAAGACCAAGCUUGGAGAGCUUGCUUUGGAGGAGGAAAUUACAGCAAAAACUGAACUACUGACUAAAGAAUCUGACAAACCCAGAAACAAUGUUCUCCAGGAAGCUGAACGCAGAGAAUUCUGUGAAUUUGGAGAUCAGUUAAAUGAAAAGGAUCAGAACCACUAUAAAAGAAGACAACAUCACUGUGGUCAAUGUGGACAAAGCUUUGCUUGGAGUACAGGCCUUAUUAGGCAUCAAAGAACCCACUGGGAGAAACCCUAUGAAUGUGACAAGUGUGGAAAGGCCUUCAGUGUGAGCUCAGCCCUGGUUCUGCAUCAGAGAAUUCAUACUGGGGAGAAACCCUAUCCUUGCAAUUGGUGUAUUAAAAGUUUCACUCGGAGCUCAGACCUUAUUAAACAUCAAAGAGUCCACACCGGUGAAAAACCCUAUAAAUGUGAUGAAUGUGGGAAAGCCUUCAGUCAGAGCUCAGACCUUAUUAUACAUCAGAGAAUCCACACCGGAGAAAGACCCUAUCAGUGCAGCCACUGUAGUAAAAGUUUUAGCCAGCGCUCAGACCUGGUUAAACAUCAGAGAAUCCAUACUGGUGAGAAGCCUUAUACGUGUAACCAGUGUAACAAGCAUUUCAGUCAGAGCUCUGAUGUUAUAAAACAUCAAAGAGUCCACACUGGUGAAAAACCAUAUAAAUGCGAUGUGUGUGGAAAAGCCUUCAGUCAGAGCUCAGACCUUAUCCUACAUCAGAGGAUCCACACUGGGGAGAAACCAUAUCCAUGCGAUCAGUGUAGCAAAAGUUUCAGUCAGAACUCGGACCUUAUUAAACAUCGAAGGAUCCACACUGGAGAGAAACCGUAUACAUGUAAUGAAUGUGGGAAGUCUUUUAAUCAGAGCUCAGUCCUUAUUCUGCACCAGAGGAUUCACACUGGAGAGAAGCCCUACCCGUGUAACCAGUGUAGCAAAACCUUCAGCCGACUUUCAGAUCUUAUUAAUCACCAGCGGAUUCACACUGGAGAGAAGCCUUACCCAUGCAACCAGUGCAGUAAAACGUUCAGUCGAAGAUCAGACCUCGUUAAACACCAGAGGGUGCACACAGGCGAGAAACCCUAUGAAUGUGAUGAGUGCGGGAAGACCUUCAGUCAGAGCUCCAACCUUAUUCUACAUCAGAGAAUCCACACCGGAGAGAAGCCCUACCCGUGCAGCGACUGUACUAAAAGUUUUAGUCGUCGCUCGGACCUUAUCAAACAUCAGAGAAUACAUACUGGAGAGAAGCCAUAUGCGUGUAAUCAGUGCAAUAAAAGCUUUAGUCAAAGCUCAGACCUCACCAAACAUCAGAGAGUGCACUCUGGGGAAAAGCCCUAUCAUUGUGGCAGUUGUGAGAAAGCCUUCAGUCAGAGUUCGGACCUUAUUCUUCACCAGAGAAUUCACACUGGAGAAAAACCGUACCCAUGCACACAGUGCAGCAGAAGUUUCAGUCAGAACUCAGACCGUAUCAAACACCAGAGAGUCCACACCGGGGAAAAGCCAUACAAGUGUAAUGAGUGUGGGAAGGCUUUCAGUCAGUGCUCAGCUCUUAUCCUACAUCAGAGGGUCCACCCUGGGGAGAAACCAAAUCCAUGCGAUCAGUGUGGCAAAAGCUUUAGUCGGCUCUCUGACCUCACUGACCAUCAAAGAAUCCACGCUGGUGAAAAGCCAUACAAAUGCGACACGUAGGAAAGCCUUCAGCACGUGCACCGAUCUUACUGAACACCAGAGAAUCCACCCUGGGGAGAAACCCCGCAGGGCUCUUCAUUGCAGAAGUUUUACUCAGCUCUCUGAACUUACUGACCAUGGCCAAGACAGUGUACAUGCAAUGAAUGUGGGAAAACCUUUAGUGUAUACACCAACUUUAUUCAGUAUGAGAGACACUACACCAGAAAGAAAAUCGUAUGAGUGCUAUUGAUGAUAAUGAAAAAGGUUUUAAUCAAUGCUCAACUCUUGGGCUACAUUAAAAAAAAAAAAUACCCCACAGUGGAUAGAAGACAUUGAUUCCAUUUUUAUAAUGAAGUUUAACUUAGAGCUCAGACAUUACUGAACUUAAAUUCUGAGGAGGAAUCGUGUGUGUUGCGGGAAAAUGUUCAAUGUGAAUAAAAAUUUUAGUGAAUACCAACAACAAUGGAAAGACCUUCGUAUCUGCUAUAAUGUAAGACAAGCUUUAGUCUUAUUCAAUGCAGUCCAUAAGAGGAGAGUUUUAUCAUUGUAAGAAAUGUGUUAACAGUAUUAAGAACCUUAUCAGAUAUUAUAAAAAUCAGUCUUGUGGGGUGUGCAAUCAGAAUGUAGAGAUAUAAUCAUACUGUAAUCUCAAACAUUUAAUGAGCCGAAAUUACCUAUGACAUAUCAGAGAAAUUGCUAAUUAAUGUAGGGAAAACUUAAGCACCUUCCACAACUUAACUGGCAUUCACUCUGAUUUCACAUGUAUCUGCUGACAGCAGGAGAGUUCUAGCUUAUGCUAAUGGUAGUUAUCAUUAAGUCCCCUGUGUGUGAGCAUACUGUGCUAUUCUGGUAUUACAUUUAUUAACUACAUCAAGCCAGUGCCCUACUUUCUCAAAAAAAAAUUUUUUAACCUAGUUUCGGUUUUCCUAAUGAGAAGUUUUUAACUUCCUGUGAUGUUCAACAGCAAAUAUGGAUUGGUUUUGCUCUCAAUAAUGAAGCCUAUAAACUUUAGCAGUGUGAGAUCAUUUCUUCAAUACUUCCAUUUAAUUACAGCUUCUAAAUAUGUGGAACAAUUUUAAAAAAGAAUUCUGCGUGUCAAAAUGUAAUGAUUUCUCUACUACUGUAUUUGUCUUAUAAUCUAUAGACCGAACAAAAUGAUAGCUAAAGUAAUACCCCCAGGUUCUGUGUAGCAUAAUCUACUUUAAAAUAACAAGAUCUGCCCUGGCUGGUGUGGCUCAGUGGAUUGAGGGCGAGCCUGUGAACCAAAGGGUUGCUGGUUUGACUCUAGGUCAGGGCACAUGCCUGGGUUGCGGGCGAGGUCCCCAGUAGGGGGCGUGUGAGAAGCAACUGAUCGAUGUUUCUAUUUCUCCCUCUCUCUAGAAGUAAAUAAAAUCUUUAAAAUUUGUACUUAAAAAAUAAAAAGAUGUACUGAUUUCUUUAAGUGGCGACAUUCAUCAGAUUUUUUGUUUAUUGAUUUCUGAUAUACAUAUUGAUAAUAGGCUUCAUAUAUGUAAAG